UUAUAUCCCUCUCUCCCGCUGCUAUCAAUUUCGUGUGCUGUGCUCAAGUCGCCUUCUGCAGAGGAGAGCAGAGUCUCCACCAUCCGCUUGUGGCAACUCGAUAGUAUCGCGGCUUGCCACCUGAAGGCGCGACGGCAAACAACGAGUCGAGUCGAUCAGAUCACAGAUGGAGAUGCAGAGCUCGACUAUACAAUUCGCACUCGCUACAGGUCCCGAUUUGCCGGGGCGGCGCAUACG